UGUGGGCCGGACCUGAACAUCGAAGCCACUUCCGGAAUCUUACCUUAUAAAACUCGCGGAAUGUUAGAACAUCAUUGAGUCUUCAAGUGCAGAGAAAGCUAUCUCCACAGGAGCUACAAAACUUCACAUCUUUUCUCUUCUAAAGAAACUUCUUGCUUAACUUAUUAUCCCGUCAAAUGGAGCAAAACAGCCUCACACCACAGCAGGUGGACUUGAAACGUCCGGAUGAGGAUACAGCGUCAACUAAAAUGGAUCUAGAGGCCUCACUGAAGGAAUGCAAUGCUGCCCUUGAUCUAUUUCUGGACAACAGGUUUGCUGAUGCGUUGGCCCUCUUAAAACCCUGGAAGAGUCAGAGCAUGUACCACGCAAUGGGCUACAGCAGCAUCUUGGUGAUGCAGGCAGGCAUGACCUUUGAACCGAAGGAUAUGGAUGCUGCCAUGACGUCACUGAGAGAAUCCCUGGAGACAUGUCAAAACUUUAGAAAGAAAACUGGAAUAGUGGAGACUCUGACGAGCUUCUGGUACAGACAACCAGCUGACAACCUGACAGAGGUGGAAAUGCAUGCAGAGCUUUGCUAUGCUGAAGUUCUGCUGCAGAAAGCUGCGCUCACAUUCCUGGAUGAGAGUAUCAUUGGCUUCAUCAAAGGAGGGAUGAGAAUCCGAAACAGUUACCAGAUUUUCAAGGACUGCCAGAACUUGUCAAUUAUCUCUAAAGACAUGGAAAAACAGACAAGCACACUUGUUCACUUCAGAGGUGGCGUCAGCAUGGGCAUUGGAUCAUUUAACUUGAUGCUGUCUCUGCUCCCGUCCAGAGUCCUCAGACUGAUGGAGUUUUUGGGCUUUUCAGGAGACCGGGAAUUGGGUUUGUCUGAGCUGAGACAAGGAGCAGGAAGCCACAGCCUGCGCUCCAUCCUCAGUGCCCUGACUCUGCUGAUGUAUCACCUCUACAUUACAGUCAUUCUGGGCACUGGUGAAGGAAACCUGGGUGAAGCUGAAGCUCUGCUGGCGCCAUACACUCAAAAGUUCCCAAAUGGAGCUCUUAUUCUCUUCUAUACUGCAAGAAUCGCUUUGCUCAAGGGGAACUUCACAUUUGCCCAGGAGAAGUUCCUGGCAUGUAUCGCAGCACAAGAAGAGUGGCGCCAGAUUCACCACCUGUGUUACUGGGAGCUGAUGUGGGCCUACUCCUUUGAGCAAAAUUGGUUGGAGGCGUAUCGAUAUGCUGACCUGCUCUGCAAAGAGAGCAAGUGGUCACAGGCUGUUUACGUCUUCCAGAAAGCUUCCAUCUUGAGCAUGCUACCAGAGGAGGAAGUGAAGAAGGUUGGAGAAAAUGUGGUUGAAUUAUUCAGGCAGGUGGAUGGUCUCAGGCUGAGGAUUGCUGGUAAAUCUAUUCCAACUGAGAAGUUUGCAGCAAAGAAGGCUCAGCGAUACUCUUCUUCUUGCCCCGCGAAACUGGUUGUCCCUGCUCUGGAAAUGAUGUAUGUGUGGAAUGGUUUCACAGUAGUUGGCAAAAGACCUGAGCUCACUGAAAGCGUUUUGAGCACACUAGAGAAAGCAGAGGAGGAGCUCAGAAAAGAUCAAAACCCAUCAGAGUAUCACCUGGAUGACCAGUGUGUUGUUCAGCUGCUAAAGGGUCUGUGUCUGAGACAACUAGGGCGCCUGGUCCAGGCUGAGCUCUGCUUCAAUCAUGUAAUUUCCAGUGAAAAUGAUAUCAAGCAUGACAACUACCUGGUGCCCUUUACCAUGUAUGAGCUGGGCCUGUUACACAAGCAGAAGGGUGACAUCUCAACGGCCAUCACUGUGAUCGAAAAUGCAAUGACAAACUACAAAGACUACAACAUGGAGUCAAGGCUUCACUUCCGCAUCCAUGCAGCACUAAACACCAUGGGCUCCUUCGCAGCCAAACUCCCUCCCUCACGUACCCCAGCUUAAAAGACCCCAUGUUAGGAAGCUCGACUGAGGAUAGAAAACAAAAACAAAUCAUAGGGUAAACCUGACACAAGGUCUGGCACCCUGUUUGCUGCCUUUAACUCUGUGACUGUACUUGAAAUCCUCCAGAUGGGCAUCUUGUUGUCAGUCUCUUGAUGAUGGUGCGUACAUCCAAACUUUCUUUGUAGGAAUUGCAGAGCAGAGCUCUGAGUUUUCAACCCGGUGUACUUCAGUAAUAUUGCGUAUACUUGUUUUUGUGUGUUUUUAAUAGUUGUCUGAUAUUAUAACUAGAGAAAGAGAAGAGAAAUGUAUGAAUAUGUGGUUGGCGUAUGAAUCGUUGAGACAUUGUAGUGGAUUUUAUUUUAAUACAUCACAGCUUGUGCUUUUUGGCUUCUUGCCCUUUGAUGCACCAGACAUAUAAUAUCCAGUUUGAUGCUUUUUACCUCUCCUGCUAGAGCUUAGUCACAAAAUUAAACCACUGAAAUAUUUAA